AUGGCCUCAAUCACUGCUUACGGUACAACCUCCUCCAUGGCAUGUGCUGCCCUUUUGCCCAAGGCAUCUGUUGUUCGUGCACCAUCAGCCAUUGGGUUGCCAGUGAUGUCAAAGAUGGGAAGAGUGAAGUGCUCCGGGGAGGAAAAAAGCUCCGGGAAGGAGUCAAAGUUGGGAAUGAGUGCAUCAUUGAUGGCGGCGGCUUGUGCAGCCACCAUGUCCAACCCGGCCAUUGCUCUAGUGGAUGAGAGAAUGAGCACAGAAGGAACAGGGCUCCCAUUUGGGUUGAGCAACAACUUGCUGGUUUGGAUCAUUUUGGGUGUCUUCGCUUUGAUCUGGUCUUUCUACAUCGUCUACACCAGCGGCCUCGAAGAAGACGAGGAGUCCGGACUGUCCCUAUGA